GCUAGGGCCGGUGCACCGCCAAGGACAAAAGGAGCUCAGCGCUGAUCGCUACACCCCAUUCCUCCCAGUGCCCAGCAUGAAGAAAUCCGAAAUGGGAAGGUUCAACAUUUCCCCGGAUGAGGACAGCAGCAGCUACAGUUCUAACAGCGAUUUCAACUACUCUUACCCCACCAAACAAGCUGCUCUGAAAAGCCAUUAUGCAGAUGUAGAUCCUGAAAACCAGAACUUUUUACUUGAAUCGAAUUUGGGGAAGAAGAAGUAUGAAACAGACUUUCAUCCAGGUACUACUUCCUUUGGAAUGUCAGUAUUUAAUCUGAGCAAUGCGAUUGUGGGCAGUGGAAUCCUUGGGCUUUCUUAUGCCAUGGCUAAUACUGGAAUUGCUCUUUUUAUAAUUCUCUUAUCAUUUGUGUCCAUAUUUUCCCUGUAUUCUGUUCAUCUCCUUUUGAAGACUGCCAAUGAAGGAGGGUCUUUAUUAUAUGAACAGUUGGGACAUAAGGCAUUUGGAUUGGUUGGAAAACUUGCAGCUUCUGGAUCAAUUACAAUGCAGAACAUUGGAGCUAUGUCAAGCUACCUCUUCAUAGUGAAAUAUGAGUUACCUUUGGUGAUCCAGGCAUUAAUGAACAUUGAAGAUAAAACUGGAUUGUGGUAUCUGAAUGGUGACUAUUUGGUUCUGCUGGUGUCAUUGGUGCUCAUUCUACCCUUGUCGCUGCUGAGAAACUUAGGAUAUUUGGGAUAUACCAGUGGCCUUUCCUUAUUGUGUAUGAUGUUCUUUCUGAUUGUGGUGAUUUGCAAGAAAUUUCAGAUUCCUUGCCCUGUGGAAAUGGCUGUGAUAAUAAAUGAAACAAUAAACAGCACCUUAACACAGCCAACAACUUUUGCUCCUGAUGUGACAUUUAACAUGACUGAAGAUGAAUCUUGCAGACCACAUUACUUUAUCUUCAACUCACAGACAGUCUAUGCGGUGCCAAUUCUGACCUUCUCAUUUGUCUGCCAUCCUGCUAUUCUUCCCAUUUAUGAAGAACUAAAAGACCGCAGCCGUAGAAGAAUGAUGAAUGUGUCCAAGAUUUCAUUUUUUGCAAUGUUUCUCAUGUACCUGCUUGCUGCCCUUUUUGGAUACCUUACAUUUUAUGACCACGUUGAGGCAGAAUUGCUUCAUACCUACUCUACUGUCUUGGGAACUGAUAUUCUUCUUCUCAUUGUCCGUUUGGCUGUGUUGGUGGCUGUCACCCUGACAGUACCAGUAGUUAUUUUCCCGAUCCGGAGUUCAAUAACUCAGUUGUUGUGUGCAGGAAAAGAUUUCAGCUGGUGGCGUCAUAGUCUCAUUACAGUGUCUGUCUUGGCAUUUACGAACUUGCUAGUCAUCUUUGUACCAACUAUUAGGGAUAUCUUUGGUUUCAUUGGGGCAUCUGCAGCUGCUAUGUUGAUUUUUAUUCUUCCAUCUGCUUUCUAUAUCAAGUUAGUGAAGAAAGAAUCUAUGAAAUCUGUACAGAAGAUUGGGGCUUUGUUCUUCCUGUUGAGUGGCAUAGUGGUGAUGACCGGAAGCAUGGCCUUGAUUGUUUUGGAUUGGGUGCACAAUGCCCCUGGAGAUGGCCAUUAACUGGCACCACUUAAACUCCAGUAGUCCAUUUGAUGCCAUUGUUGAGUCAACUCUCAAUUAACUAUGAAAUUUCACCUAAUGUUUUCAGUUUCACUUCCUUUUGAAGUGUGGAUUCCUCGCUGGUUCUUCUGAAUACAGAAUAAGUGAACUCUUUUAAGAAACUAUUCUGUAUGGUAGAAAAGGACAUUAACAGCAAAACCACGAGUCUGUGGUGAAGGGAAGUGACAGUUUUAUUCCAUUCCAGAGAAUGGACGAACUCUAACUUUUAUCAAGCCACAUGUUUGGCUGUGUCAUUGUUUAACUUGGAUAUUUUAUGAUUUUACUUGAAUGUGCCUAAUGGAACCAUUCGAUGUGAGAAACUAUCCUUAAUUUACAGUAAAGUAUUGAAAUAACCAUUGAGAAAAACACUAUUAUUUUUUGUACCAAAAAUACGUAUAGACCUCAAAAGCACUAUUUUACUUUUAAAAAAUUGCUUUUUUUGAUCUUUAUCCAGAAACAGUUGUCAAUUCCAUUAAAAAAAGUCAUUGGUAUUUAAAAAUGAGCAUUAGUGUUAUGAAAUGAAUGAUUUGCCUUUUUGUAGGCAUAAUAAGCCAAAUACUUUUUUACCCAAAAUAAUUUUUAGAGAAAAUGAUGUAAUGAAAAAUUAUAUCGCUGAAUAUGAACAGUUUUCUCCAUUCCAAACUUCAUCAUUACUUUAAAAGAUAAUUAAUAGAUUGUUGCUAUACCAAAUCAGAUGAACUCUGUUCAUUACUUCUGUCCUCAAAUAAUCUGGUUUAUAUAGACUCGGAAAUGCUUAUGAGUUCAGCCUAUUAUAAUGGAAGAUAAUGCAGAUAUUUCUGUGGGAAAUGAAUUAAAAUAACUAAUUUUGAGGUACCAAAUAGUGCAAUUGGGUAAAACAGGGUUUAUUCAGUUGCAUCUGUCUCCAGAGUUGUAUUAAUAGCUCUGGGUCUUUUUUGGGCCAGCGCUUUUUGGACAUUACUUCCAGCAGUGGAAAGUGGGCAUUUGGUGGCUAUAUAGGCCAAAACUGUUCUAUCUAGAGAGUACAACUUUUCCAAAAUGCUCAUUUACUACUGGAAGUGUGAAAUACUUGAUAAUGUAUGACUUAGUUGUGUUCAUGUUUUGUCUACAGUUAGAGGUCUAAUCCACAGGUUACACCGGUAUUUGGUAUAAUAUAAGUUCUCUUUGUAUAGGCCACUGGGUUUCUUAAUGCAUAAAGCUUUUAAAAAAGAAAAACUCGUAUGCACUGGAUUGUCAUCUCAUUCUUGUACAACUUAGAAUUACUUGUUUACAUCCAGCAAAUGGUUAGCUAGGGAAAACAGUGCAGUCUGAGUGUAUGUAGUUGUUUUGGUCCAACUGCAUGUUCACCCUUCCAUUUCAAUCCUGGUUAGAAGUGAAAACAUUACUUAUAAACUUGGCUUUAAGAGCACAUUUAUUGUACGUUACGGUGUAUGGUGAAUAUAUUAUUAAAUAAUGUGGUACUUUGCUCAUCAGGCAUAAUGUCUAAAGUCUAUAGUACACAUAAUUCCAUUAGUGGUUGAGGGAAGCAAAUAAUGGAAUCAUCAGUUGGUCAUCUGGCUUUAAGGUUAUCUCUGAACUUAAAUAAGCCUUUUUAGUUUUAGGCUAGAGCCAGAAAUGUGACAGACAUGGUUUAUGUUACACAUUCUUGUAUUAUAUGUGACUAAAUUUCAGGCAGCAUAUGUCUAAUUAAAGACCUUUAUGGAACUGGAA